AUGGCUUUGAUUGAUGUGGUGGAGUCUUACUCAGAUGAAGAUGUUGAUGGCUUCCUGGUAAUGAAACAAGCAAUUACUUAUCGUGAAGGUGGUGAAGAUAUGGUUAUUACUAAUCCUCCACCUUUGCACGAUAAUAUUGUUACUCCUACUUUUCCUCGUCCAACUGUUAACAUUUCAGUCCAUGCUCUCGUUGAUGAUUUUGAUUUUCAUAGUCAUAAAGAUGUGGUUUUCAGAAGGUUUAGUUUCGCUGUGUUCAGAACCAUGAAUGUGGGCGAUCUUAACAAGGUCUGGGAGAUCAAAGCUCUCAAGAAGCCUGGACAGGAAGAUGCGAAGAAGAUGUUGGAGAAAAUUGCCAAACAGGUCCAACCCAUUAUGCGUAAACACAAAUGGAGGGUCAAAGUCCUUUCUGAAUUCUGCCCGAACAAUCCGUCUCUUCUGGGCUUGAAUGUUGGAGGUGGUGUACAUGUGAAGUUGAGGCUGCGAAGGGCAAACAGGGAUUGGGACUUUUACCCAUUUGACCAAGUUCUGGAUACAAUGCUUCAUGAGCUUUGCCAUAAUGUUCAUGGUCCUCACAAUGCCAACUUUUACAGGCUUUGGGAUGAACUUAGAAAGGAAUGUGAAGAGCUGAUGGCCAAGGGAAUAACUGGGACAGCAGAGGGUUUUGACCUUCCAGGAAGGCGAUUAGGUGGUUUAUCUCGUCAACCUCCACUUUCAUCCCUCCGUAAGGCCACUCUUGCUGCGGCAGAAAAUAGAGCACGCUUGGGAUCUCUCCUUCCAUCUGGGCCCAAACGCCUUGGUGGUGACAGUGCAAUAAUGGGUGCACUCAGUCCAGUACAAGCUGCUGCAAUGGCUGCAGAAAGGAGAUUACAGGAUGAUAUUUGGUGUGGUUCUCAAUCUUGUGAACUUUCAUGUGAUGAAGAUGCGGACUACAAUAUUGCUAAGGAUCUUGAACAUAAGGAGGAAAAAGCAGGAUGCAUAGAAGAAAGAAAUAAUUCUACUCUACCUUUGGAUCAAGGAUCUCGAAAAAGAAGUCGUGAUUUGGAUUCAAGUUUCAGUGCCUCUCCUGAUAUUAAAUAUGUGGAUCUAACUUUGAAUACAACAGAAAUUGAAUCCAUCAGUGAACAUCCAAUUAGAUCUCAAAGAAGUUGUUCUGAAUCAGUGAAGAUAUCUUGUUCUCGGUCCUAUUCUCAAGCAGGGUCUAGUACUUCAGAUUUGUCAAUUCCAUCUUCCAAGCUACUAUCUGAGGAUAAUGAAAAACUUCAUUCUGAGGAAUCUGACAUGUGGGAAUGUCUGAUAUGCACUCUGUUAAAUAAACCAUUAGCUCCUAUAUGUGAGUUGUGUGGAACACAGAGGCCAAAAGAUACUGCCACCAAGUACAAGAGCUGGUCUUGUAAAUUCUGUACGUUGGAAAACAGUGUGAAGUUAGAUAAAUGCUCAGCCUGUGAUCAGUGGAGAUACUCUCAUGGCGCUCCUGUGUCAACCCGACCACCCAACCUUGGCACUUGAGGGAAACUAUUAAUCUGCCAUGAAGUCUGUUUUGUCGAUGUCUUGAGGAGAACCCUUACCAGGCAUGAUCUCAUGUAUGUCCCUCACUUCAUGGUGUAUGUUUUGAUACUGGCUUUUGUCUUUAG